AAUGCAUUGGAAAGAAAGAUUGGAGACGUCCCAAAAAACACGGACCAAAUUCGAACGGAAAGGGAACCAGGACUGCCGGGUUAAUUAUAAACGGACGAAGCGAAGGCAUCGAGGCGCGGCUAAAUUCAUAAUAUGCCCAUGCGCCUCUUCAUCGUCAAGGAGAUGAGGUUUUCCUCUUCAUAUUUGAUCAUCUUCUACGACGAUUAUCAUCCCGCAUAUUUUAAGCAUCGCCGCGGAGAAAUCGUGUGAAAUAGGGAUGGGAUCUGCGUGCUUUACUUUCUGGGAUGAUUGCGUGGAUCCCCGGCAAUUGGAAGCCAUGUGGAGGGAUCCCGAUGUGGCUGCGGAAUGGGUUAGCGCUGGUGAGACAAAAGGAUCAAAAGUUCACCUGUCCCGAGACCACGAGGGUCAGCCUUACUUGACCCAAACCGAAAUGAAGGCAGUGUCGAGUAUCAUUGUUGGAAGACAUUUUGUUUCACAGAUAGACUCGGAUAUGCUAUGUGCAAUUGCUGAACUUGAAAGCGAUAGGAUGCCACUUGCUACACAAUACAACAAGAAAACAAAGGAAGUCAGCAUGGGACUCAUGCAAAUCUCCCUGAAAACUGCCGAGUGGAUAGCCAGUGAAUUGGGGUUCCGGGCAUAUGAUGUGGCAGGGAACUCAAAGCUGUUAUACUAUCCUUUUGUUAAUGUGUAUCAUGGUGCAGCAUAUCUGAAGUGGCUGUCAAAUUAUGAGCAAAAAGAAAGAAGUGAAGAGUUCAUUGUGAGGGCAUACAAGGGUGGUGUUAAGAAGGCAGCUCACAAGUCAACUUAAGUGUAUUGGAAGCGUUACCUUUCUGUCAAGGAAAACCUUCCAUCCAGGCAAUUUCUUCCACUACGUGCAUUUUCCUUGCAUUUCGAUUCUAUUUGUCGUACAAAUCACCUGCAAAUGGUAUCAUUCUGAUUUUCAUUGAUAUCUGCAGAAAUCCGACUGCAAAGCAAUACACCUUGUAAAGCUUGUGAGACAAUGGCAUUUUUUAAUUACUUUUUAUGAUAUUUGCUUUGAUUUUAUACAUUGCAUGAGUCUAUAGUUUUCUAAUUUUGAAAAUCAAUUAACACUAGAUUG